GCGGCGGGGGGUGGGUGAGUGGGAUCGAUCGCGGCGCCUCUCUUUCUCUCCCGGAGGCCGGCUCGCGCUUCUCACGUUUCAACCGGAGGCCACCUCUCCGGUGGUCAAGAGCAGCACCGCUGGCUCGCACGAGGUGCGGCGGCGGCACGAAUGCGGAGCCGUCCCCGCCGUCCCAACCAACCUAGCGCCCGAAGGGUUAAUGCGCACAGCAGGCGAAGAAAGCGCGCGCACACAGAGACACACAGACACACACACACACACGCGUCUGCCAAGGCACACACCGUACGUUAAGGGUGUGCGGCCAACAGCCACACAACUACACUACAACCGCCUUCUGCUGUGUCUGCGUGCGUGUGUGAACGCGGGAGCCGAGACGCGCGCCCGAGCUGGGCGAGGGAAGGAGGAUGACCCGUCGGGGGCUGGACGCCAGGAGUAGUCAGCCAAGCCCUUCCCUCAGGGAAUUCCUGAUGGCUCUCCGAUCAGAGUGAUUUCCCCAAGAAACAGGAGACAGAACUGAUCUUUCCUAAACAUGGAGGUGAAGGGGCAGCUGAUAAACUCAUCCAGCUACAGCUCUUCAGAAGCUUUGCAGCGGGAUCUCUGUCCCCGGGUUCGGCUGGAGCGGGUGCAAGAAUUGGUGGAGAAGCAGCGAGCCCUUCAGCAGGUGCUCAGUCUGCGCCUGAAGGAGCUGCGCCGGGUUUGCCUUCAGGAAGCUGAACUGACGGGAAAGUUGCCUCCAGAAUACCCACUGGAACCAGGUGAAAGGCCUCAGCCUGUGCGGAGGAGGCUGGCAGCUGCCUACCGAAUUCCCCCUGCCCUGAAAAAUGAGGAAGUCCCUUCUCUGGAGGAGCUGACCCGUGAGCUGGUGCUUCAGCAGCAAGUGGCUGAGGCAGCUCGGCGUCUGGCUGUUGCCCCGGAGCUAUCAGCGGAGCAGCGUCGUCGCCGGAGGCAGGUCCAGGCUGAUGCUGCCCAACGCCUCCGGGAACUGGAGGCGCAGGUCGCGGAGUGCCGGAUGCGGCUGGGUAAAGGUCCUCUCCAGAGGAUCAGCCACGAAGAGGCUUUUCAUUCCGAGAGCAGCUCCCUCUCAGAAUCGGCCAGCCAUGAAAAUGGGGUAUGUGGAUGCUUCUAUCCUGUCCAUUGUGCUCUGUCCUCAGACGACCCCCACAGCUUCCAUUCUUCCAAGAUCUCCAACCACCAGGGAACUUUCUCCGACCGCUCUUCGCCUCCCAAGGCCCGAGAUCACCUACGUGCUAUCUCCAGCAGCCCGGACCGCCGACCGGGCUGGCGGCUUUUGCAGCCAGAUCUGUACAGCGAAACUAAGGACCGUAGGAAUUCUCUCGCCAGCCCUACCAGCCCAAAUCGCACCCUUCCUCGGAGCGUGUCCAGCUUUGAGGGCCGAAGUGUUCCUGCAACGCCAGUGCUAGCCAGAAAUGCUUGCAGUGGAAGCCAUCAAUUCAGGUCAGAAGCCUCAGCCCUCCACCCCCGUCAGUGGUCAGGAAGCCACGACUCCCAGCUCGGCCCCCCAAGCCGUGACACCAGUGCCGACCGGGCUUCCCUUUUUGCCGCUCGGACCCGUCGUAGUAACAGCUCGGAAGCCUUGAUUGAACGGGCCCCUUCGGAGGACCCACUCUUGCCCUCAGGCCCACCUUUUAAAAGCACCGAGGCCCUGAACCCUUCCGUUCCCGGCCGAAACCCUCGCCCCCCUUACAACGAUCUCCUGUUGGACUAUUACUUUGAGCGCAGGUGCUGGGGAAGUGGCGGUGGCAGCGGUGAGCAUCUCUCCCGCAGGGAUGGGCCUCCCCAGCUGGAGUGGGGGGGCUUUCCUGAGAGCCCGCUGCCACGUCGAGCACGGCCAGCUGCCCGCACUAAGUCCUGUGGCCCCCUGUUGCCUCCCCAGUCCCGGGAGGUGGGUUAUGCCACUCCCUUGGCCCCCCACCGCAACUUCCAUAAAGCCCUGGCCCUGGAGGGACUCAGGGACUGGUAUUUGCGCAAUGCUGGAGUCAGCCAACGGGGGGCACCAGAGAGACGGGGGCCAGCUCAGCCUGUCCACCAGCCACUGCGUGGCUACUAUGAACCGGCACCUUCUAACUCUGAGAUGGGCUACUACAAUGGGCCAGGAGGGCUGCCCCACUCUGUCAGCUACGCAGGGCAGCCUCUGUAUGGCAGGCCUUUUGGGGAGUUACAUUACAUGGAUGACUCUGCUGGCCCCUACAGCUUGGACUCCACAGAGCACCCAGCUCCAGGGACUCUGGUCUGACCCUUGCUUUUUCCCCCAAGGGGAACUGGAAUUCUGUUCCUUUUUUCUCUGUUUCUUUUUUUUUCCUUGCUGGUGCCUCUUUUAGUGUGUGUUAUACACCAUGUUGAGGAGGUGGGGACUGCCUGCUGGCA